CAAAUAUAUAUAUUUAUUUGUCUCAAAAAAAUAAAAAGAAACCACAUUGAUCAUAAUGGAUAAUAAAAGGGGUAUUGAUGUUGCUUGCCAAACUGAUGAUUGGGAUGAUACUCGCAUGACAAAAUAUAGAAAGAUGAAAAAGAAAUUGAUCGAUUUCAUUGCUAAACAAAAAGAAGCUCAAGCAACAGUGGAUAAACUUAAUCGAAAAAUACAACUUCUUGAAAAGAGAAAUAGAAAAAAUCAAAAGCAAAAAGCAGUGACACAGACAGGAAAUGAAGAUGCAAUGGACAUUAGCCAAGCUGAAGAAGAAGAUAAUAAAAGCGAGCAAGACAUUGAGGUUGAUGAAGAGGAGGAUGAAGAAGAGGAUCAAUUGGAUGAAGACGAAGAUGUUGAGCCCGCACCAAAAAAGCAAAGAACAUCAAGAAGAAGACGUCUAACAAUUCCAAGAGAUGAAAAUGGCAAAGUUAAAUUACCUUUUCAAAUAGCUUCUUUAAAUGUAUUAAGUCUUGGUAAAAUUGAAUAUGAAAGACCAGGUUUCCAUAAUGAUCGAUAUAUAUUUCCUAUUGGAUAUACAGUAGAAAGAACCUAUAUGAGUAUGGUAGAUCCAAAUAAUCAAACCACCUAUACUUGUAAAGUCGAAGAUGGUCAAGAUGGUCCACAGUUUACACUAACUGCUGCAGAUGCACCCGAGAUUGAGUUAUCAGCAAGAACAGCAACAGGAGUUUGGGCAUUAGUGAUUAAAAAAGCAAAUGAAGUUAGACAAAAGGAAUCAGCAAAUGCUAUUUCAGGGCCUGAAUAUUAUGGAUUUGCAAAUCCUUUAGUUAUCCAAAUGAUUGAAGAACUUGAUGGAGUUGAUCAAUGUGCACGCUAUUCCCGAAGAAACAUAAAAUAAGAAGAAUAAAGUCCUCUCCUGUCUUUUAAAGGGAAGGGAGGGAAAAAAAAAGUUUAACUAUAAUAUAGCAAAUAAACUUACUUUUCUCUUCUUCCGAGAUGUAGAAGAGGAUUUAUGAGAAUUUAAUAUAAAAAGGGUAAUAUAUGAUGUCACUAUCAUUAAUGCACUUCCAAAUUAUCUGGGAAUUGUUAUUUCUUUUUAUCAUAAUUGGCUUAAGAUGAGUUAAAGAAUAUAUAAUGAUAUUAACAAUUAUACUAUUUUUUUUUUUGGAUAUAAAAACGUUAUUUCGAUUCUUUUUCUUCUCGUUUUUUU